CCCCGGGCAGAGUCCGCGCUCGCUCGGACGCGGCGCCCUCGCUCUCCCGCCGGGAUUUGGGGCCGCUUUUUGGGGUCUCCCCCCGAUUUUUUGGGGUCCCCCCAAAUUUUUGGGGGAUCCCCCCGAGGCUCCGGGACCCCCCCCCGGCGGUGUCACCCCAAAUUGUGCCCCCCCGGCCCCGCGGGGAUGGCCGCGACUUUUGGUUCCGCGCUGCAGGCGCUGUGCGUGCUGCAGUGGAUGCUGACCUUCCUCUUCCUCGGGCCGGGCUCGGUGCUGGCGCUGCUGCUGCUGCUGCGGACGCGGCUCUGGAUCGUCCCCGUCACCUACGCGGGGUGGUGGCUCUGGGACUGGCACGGGCCCCAGAGAGGCCCCCGGCACUGGGACUGGCUGCGGAACUGGCGCGUCUGGGACCAUUUCUGUGACUACUUCCCCAUCACGGUUGUGCGGGAGUGCCCCCUGCCCCCCGGGCGCAGUUACGUGCUCCCCGCCCACCCCCACGGCAUCUCCUGCAUCGGCGUCUUCGGGGCCUUCGUCACCGGCGGGCGCGGGGCCGCGGGGAGCAAAUCCGGGGGGGGUCCCUGCCCGGGGCUGCGCCCCAACCUGGCCAUGCUGGAGGGGCUGUUCCGGCUGCCGAUCUACCGCGAGUACGCCAUGGCCGCCGGUCAGUUUGUGGGGUUUUUAUGGGGUUUUUGUAGGGCUUUAUAGGGUUUUAUGGGAUUUUAUGGGAUUUUGGGGUUUUUUGGGGUUUUUUGGGGUUUUUUUGGGAGGAUUUUUGGGGUUUUGGGUGGGGCCGUUCCGGCUGCCGAUCUACCGCGAGUACGCCAUGGCCGCCGGUCAGUCUGUGGGGUUUUAUGGGGUUUUUGUAGGGUUUUUAUAGGGUUUUAUGGGAUUUUAUGGGAUUUUGGGGUUUUUUAGGGGUUUUUUUGGGAGGAUUUUUGGGGUUUUGGGUGGGGCUGUUCCGGCUGCCGAUCUACCGGGAGUACGCCAUGGCCGCCGGUCAGUCUGUGGGGUUUUAUGGGGUUUUUGUAGGGCUUUAUAGGGUUUUAUGGGAUUUUAUGGG